AUGUCAGGCCUUUUUGGCAUCAAGAAAUGGGGAGGGUCAGCAUCUGGAGCCAUGAGCCCAGGCGUUACCUCCCCUUCAAAAAGCAAGAAAGAUGCGGAGCCUGAACCGGAAAUCACUCCUCUAGUGAAGAUGUUACAACAUGCGGGACCCAUACGAAAUGAUGGAAGUGAUAAAUUCUACGGAAUGGAGAAUUUUGGGAACACAUGUUAUUGCAACUCAAUAGUCCAAGCCUUAUACUACUCCGUUCCAUUCCGAGAACAUGUCGUCAAAUACCCCCCACACUCACCUUACGAUACGCCCAACGGACAUCCACCUAUUGUCACUCCAAUAAGAGCACCGAUACAGAAUGGAGCGGCAGUAUCGCCAACAGGCAAACCCAAGGGUAUAUCCGCGGCUGAGGCAAUGAAGAGACGAGCAGCCGUAAAUGCAGGUCAGGCAGUACCCGCGCAGGCGGGACAGAAGCCGGAGGAUAAACCAGACUCGCCAGAAUACAAAAAGAAGCAUGCUAUGCUUGCAGGACCAAUACUGGAACUGACAUAUGAGAAUGCGAGCUCGUAUGGCAUGGAGGAAUCUACUUUUACAGCUUUGAAGGAUAUAUUCAUGGCUCUUAUUGCGAAUAAUUCACGAACAGGGGUUUUGAGUCCUCAAAGGUUUCUAGAGAUUUUCAAGCGCGAUAAUGAGAUGUUCCGGACUUCGAUGCACCAAGAUGCUCAUGAGUUCUAUGGAUUGGUUCUUAACGCCGUUAUAUCGAACGUCGAAGCAAACUCCCAUAGGCUGAAGGAGCUAGAACCUCCUCGGGAUGACCACAAUUUAGCACUAUCUAUGAAGGCUGCAGUAACAUCAGCCGCUACUGCAAUGGGAAUGGGUUCCGGGACAAGGUCUCCAGGAACAGGAUGGGUUCAUGAUAUAUUUGAAGGAGUAUUGACCUCGGAAACCAAGUGUCUAACCUGUGAAACGGCGUCACAACGAGAUGAGACCUUUUUGGAUCUAUCAAUCGACUUGGAAGAGCACUCGUCAGUCACUUCGUGCUUACGGAAAUUUUCGGCUGAGGAAAUGCUUUGCGAGAGGAACAAGUUCCACUGCGAUAACUGUGGAGGUCUUCAAGAAGCAGAGAAGCGUAUGAAAAUCAAGCGGUUACCAAAGAUUCUCGCUCUGCACCUGAAGAGAUUCAAAUAUACCGAGGAUAUGACCCGGCUGCAGAAGUUGUUUCACCGAGUAGUUUAUCCGUACCACCUCCGGAUGUUUAAUACAACAGACGAUGCCGAGGAUCCAGAUCGACUUUACGAGCUCUAUGCUGUGGUUGUGCAUAUUGGUGGAAAUGCUUACCACGGCCACUAUGUCUCGGUCAUCAAAACACAAGACAGGGGCUGGUUACUAUUCGACGACGAGAUGGUCGAGCCAGUUGAUAAGUCCUAUGUGCGGAAUUUCUUUGGAGACAAACCCGGACAGGCUUGUGCCUACGUCCUCUUCUAUCAAGAAACAACAGUGGAAGCUAUGCGACGGGAAAUGGAAGCCGAGGGCCCCACCGAGGUUGUCAGCGCAACUAAACAACAAGAGACUGCUAAUGGCCACCCUCAACCGAAUGGUACUUACCCUGCUUCCGUCUCCAAGCCGGCCUUUGCUUCUAGCCCAGAAGAGACUAAAGAGUUCGUAUCGCUCGAUCAUGCAGUAUCCUCGCCGUUACCUAUGUCAAACCACACAAUUCCUCGAAUACUUCCCUCGGCAGCUUCACCUCAAGUGCCUAUUCUUGAUGCAGCAAGGGUUAAGACCAAAGAGGCAAAGGAACGUGAGAAGAAGGAGCUAAAGGAAGCGGAGAAGUCGAGGAAAGUCGCAGAGAAAGAAAAGCAAAAGGCAGAAGAACAAAAGAGAAAAGAGGCCAUGCAAACAAGAAAAGAUUUGCUCAAGUCCCAAGACGCAGAAGUCAGGAAGGCGCUAGCGGCAAGUAAGCACUCGGCGGCAGAAGAAGAAGAGCGGAGAAAGCGCGAAGUCGAUUCCUCCGCAUCAACUAGCGAAACAGGAAAAGAGAAUGGCCACGCCGAAAAAGGCUUUGCGCGAGGCCUGAGUCGGGCUCACAAGGGAAGCAAGAGCAUGAGUCGAAAGAGCUUUGGCUUCUUGGGAAGCAAGUAUGGAGAAGCGAAGACUCACGCAGAUGAUACCAAUACGGCAGUCGAAGGGGCUUCAGGACCACAGACGCCGGAGAAACAUUCGAAAUCCACAAAGGACAGAUUUAGCUUCAGUGGCUUGGGAAGGAAGAAAAGUAAUCUCAUCUGA